UGCACGUGCUGCGGUUGUAUUUCCGCAUAUUAUUAUAUCUUCAGUUGUAGUAGAAUGAACAGCCUAAAAUGUGAGACAGCUCCGAGAACAGUCAGAGAGAGACGUUUUAUACAAUGCAUGUACGCUGUAGGGUUCAUGGAUCUUUUUGGCGUCAGUAUGAUCAUCCCCUUACUAAGCCAUCAUGUCAAGUCCCUUGGAGCAAGUCCAACAAUAGCAGGAAUAGUAGGUUCCAUAUAUGGCAUCCUUCAACUUUUUUCCAGUACAUUAGUAGGCUGCUGGAGUGAUGUUGUCGGAAGACGAUACUCUUUGUUGGCAUGUAUUUUACUAAGUGCUUUGGGUUAUGGCCUGCUUGGCCUCUCCACCAACAUAGUGUUAUUUAUAGUGGCAAGAAUUCCAGCGGGAAUCUUCAAGCAUUCCCUUUCCAUCUGCAGAGCUCUUCUAUCAGAUCUGGUUUCUGAGAGUGAGCGCCCCCUAGUGAUGGGACAUUUCAAUGCAGCUUCCAGUGUGGGGUUUAUUCUCGGCCCGGUUGUGGGUGGCUACCUCACAGAACUCAAGGGGGGGUUCUACAUAUCCUCUUUUGUUUGCAGUUCAAUUUUUAUUUUAAAUGCAGGUCUGGUGUGGAUGUUACCAUGGAAGGACUUUAUCCAAGAGCACAAGUCCAUCAGUAAAGACAACGAUAUCAGCAUUGCCACAAAGAAGGAACAUUCCAGGGAUAUCACAAAUGGAAAUUCGGUCAAUGCGUUGACUGUAACCUCCUUAAAAAGUUUUUUCCAGCCUGCGUGUGAUCAGGUUGUGUCAGUCCUGCAGAAGAUCAGAGUAGUGGCCUGUUCUGACAUGUGGGAUGUGUUUUUGGUCCGUCUCUUCAUGGGUGUGUCCGUAAUGCUCUACUACAGUAACUUCGCAUUGGCGCUUGAAGAAAGAUUUUCGUUGAAACCAAAGGUGACUGGAUAUCUAAUUAGCUACAGCAGCACACUUGGAGCUCUUGUUGGGAUUUUGAUUGGACCAGUGACAAAGCUCUAUCACAACAAUAUGUAUUUGAUGCUGUUGCAUUCAAGUAUCUUCACUUGUUCCCUGAUGUUUAUAUAUGCAGUAGCUACCACUGUGUGGCUGGUUGUACUGUGCUCCACAUUUUUUGCCGUCUCCACGACUGUCGGGCGAACCUGUAUUACAGACCUGGAACUGAGGCGAGGAGGGACCCAGGCUAGUGGUACUUUAAUAGGAGCUGGACAGUCUGUUACGGCAGUGGGUCGAGUUGUUGCUCCUUUGCUCUCAGGAUUGGCACAGGAGUUCAGUCCGUGUGGUCCUCCAAGCCUAGGAACUGUGCUGGCUUUAGCAGCUGUCUUGCUAAUGUUAUUCAGAAUACCCCAUGACACUAAAUGUGAAAAAAAUGAUUAAGUUGGCAUGAGUAGCGAUAUGAUUGUAAUGAAAGGUCUGAUAUGUGGUUGACACAAUCAUUCAUUAUCGUGAUAUUAUCAUUUUUUUUUUUUUUUUAUUUUGGCUUGAUUUUUCUGAAACAUUGUUAGCGAUGAUCGGAUAAUCGAUGAUAAUGGUGUUUCCAACAAUCAUAUAAAGCUAAAAGGGAUCAGUGCCACCUCUACCUAGAUUUGUGUUCCUUUGACUUUGACAACCAAUCAGUCCACAAAGAGAUGCUGAGCAUCAGAAAAUUACUUCAGUCCUGCCUCUAGUCAGAGAGAACAGUGCUAGGCUUCAUUUUAAAAAGUCAACAAUCAAUACCAGAAAAAGAGUAUAUAAAACAAGAGAAAAAAAACAGGAUUUAUGAUAAUUGUGGUUAUGAUUGUUUAGGUUUGGAUAACGUGGAAACUGAAGUGCACAAUGUGAGAUUAAAACUGCAGAAGAAAGGUAUGUCUCAAUAGGGAUUGACCUUUAUGGUAUCCCUUUUUGAGCUUGAACUGAAUAAAAAGAGGAUCCUCUAGCAGGUAGAGCUCCAUAACAGUAAAGAAUAUCUGUUCUGGGUUGCUUUUUUAGGGCUGUCCUGAGAAGGUAUUGAGAGUUUAUUCAGUAUUCUAAAAAACUGUCUGGUCUGCCUUUUUAUAAAGGCAUUAUUAGUUAAGAAUGACUUACACAGUAAUACAAAUUAUGUCAUUUCUUUAUCUUUUUAAAAUAUCUUUAAUUUUUCUCACAAACAAAAAAACAGAUUUCUUUGUUGAUCAUUUUAUUGUAAUAAUUGUACAUUAUUGAUAAUAUUAGAAAUAAGUGCAAUAAACAAACUAUUAAGGACAAUAAAGGUGCAAUAUUAAAUGUAUUUUUUAAUUAUACAUUAAUUUAUUAGAUUACAAAAUACCUAGAGAAACACGUGCAGUGUCCCCAGUGUUAUUUUCUUAUCUUACUUACUGCAUAUUUACAAAUUGUGAGUUAAGAACUGUAGAGGAUUAAUCAAGAGUUCAAUUUAUCAUCAACAUAUAAAUAUUUUACUUAAGGAGAAAUUAAACAAAUAAGUUAUUUUGAUGUUUUAAGAGGUACAGUGGUAAAGGUCUGGUGUGUAUAUUUGUUUUAUUUUUUAGAUGUUUUUGGAUGUUGUUUUGUGAUAUGUAGUUGUAUGUGUUCUUGUAUUAAAAAGUGACCAUACUGUAAUUUCAAAGAGUUUUAUUCUUGUUGAAGACCAUGUUUGUUUAAUUUUUGAAAGUAUGAUACAAGUCUGCAAAUUUUAAAUACAGAUAUUUCUGUUAUUUAUUUGUCUGUUAUAAAAGCUAUAAAAUAUUGGGUUUACUUGGAUUCAGGAACGUUCAGAAACUAAUAAAUGUGGACUUUCAAA